UAUGGCGAAAGCUUUUCUUUCUGUUUCUCCUUCAUAAUAAACAAGAAGAGUUAAUCUUUUUAUUCCUUAGGAAUAUUGCCAAUAUUCCUUUCAUUAAUCAACUAUUUAUUUUAUGCGAGUAUUAUCGUUUAAUGAUUUCAAAUUGUAUUGACUUAUACAUAUAUAAUAUAAAGUAGUACUGGCAUUAUUUUACGAUUAAAAAUACAUCAGGUGUCAUCACAUUUUCAAACCUUAUCAGAAUGAAUCACGAUAUGAUCUUAAUCCCAUCAUUAUAAUUGUAUUACGGUGACUAUAUCUCAAACACAUAAAAUCAAGCCGAUUCGUCAUAAAUAGAAAUCACGUCGAAUUUCCAUGUCACUUUAUAGUAUCAGUCACUUCAGAACUUUACAAUGCAUCCAGCUUCUGUUAUAGUGAGUGUAUUUAUUAGAUUAUUGAACAUAUCCCAAAGUGUUCAAAAUGAUUUUCGUGGCUUAGCAAGUCAAAAACUAUGUUUAAAUGAGUCUACAGAUAUUUUAGAGAAAAUUAAUCUUCGUGAAGAAAUAAAGAAAUGUUUGCUACAUUUUCAAAGGGACAAAUUGAUCGACAUGAAUAUCAAUGCGAGUUUCAUGUAUCCGAUAUUGUUAAGAGACAAUUUUUUACGCGCAGGAGAGUAUAAUUUCGUUUUCAUGGACACUUUCAAUUUCUCCGACGACAUAUCGCACUACGAUGGAAAUAAACGUGACAAAUUUUUUUCUAUCCAAAUACGUCGCUAUCAUCCAAAGGACAUUUUCAAAGUGGCAAAUGAUACUUUAAAUUAUUUUUGGACCGAAUGGAUAACGAGUGUCGUAGUUUUCAUAUGCUGCAAUUCAAACAAUGAAGUGGUGCUGUAUAGUUACGCACCGUUUACACCGAGAGUAUGCAAAUCCGUUGAAAUAUACGAACUGAGUGACUGGACGAAUGAAGAAAUGUGUUUUCCGGAUAAAUAUAAAAAUUUUCAUCAAUGUCCAAUACGUGUCCUUCACAUGAAUAUAACCAUUCCUAUGCAUUUAUAUGGAACCAUUGAGGAAAUAAGUGAAACUAUGAUAUCACAGUAUAUGGCAACUGUGUUACGUUUGUUAAGCGAUGCGCUCAAUUUUCGUAUCGAUUGGGUAAUGACUGAAUAUUCAAAAGUUGGAUCGAUAUUAAAAAAUGGCACAGCUACACUAAGGAUGGCACUAUUGAUAAACAGAAGUGUCGACAUUUCUGAUGUGCAAUCAAGAUUUAGUAUAUACGAAACUAGCGUUUUGGAACGAACAUCACUUUACUUCACGGGAGAUUACAAUUUUGUCAUGAAGAAUUUUGUAGAAUCGUUUAACUGGAAGAAUUUUAUAUAUCCAUUUUCAACCAUCAUGUGGUUCUCCAUUAUUUUAUCUUGGAUAUUAACUGGUUUUAUUGUUACGAUAUAUAAGAGAGUCACGCCUGUGCCUAGAUCUACUUAUAGCCUGCUGAAUCUCUGGUCCAUGUUUCUUGGUAUCUCAUCCGUAAAAAUGAAUAACAAUUCGUUUAAGUUACAAGUAUCAAUUUGGUUAGUCUACUCACUAAUCAUUACUAAUGCCUACCAAGGAAUUUUGGUUGGAUUUCUAACAACACCAAGAAAGUACAAUUUAAUAUACAGUCUCGAAGAACUCUUGGAAUCUGGAAUGCCAUUUGGCGUAGUGAGUAAUAAUGAGACCAUGGAGAAGAUUAGAAGUAUAUUGAACGGAGAAGAAUUCGCUAUUACUAAAAGCAGAGACUCAACCGAGUACAUGAAUACACACAAUCCGGAUACCAAACAGCUUCACAUUAUCCCAGAACCAAUAGUACAUUAUACUUUACAGUAUCAAUUACCAAAAGGAUCACCGUGGUUUUCCAAUAUAAAUUUAGUCGUGUCACAAUUGUUUGAAUGUGGUAUUACUGAAAAGAUAAGACGUAAUGUUUAUGGGGAUUCCAAAUUCAAAAAUAUAAGAAGCAAUAAUUCACCCGUUGUAUUAAAAAUAGAUCACAUGUUUCCAGUAUUUGUUCUUUACAUAAUUGGAAUUUUAUUUGCAAUUGUUGUCUUUAUCGUUGAGAUAGCGCUUUUUUAAGUUGCCUGUAACAUGUGGAAUGUAUAAUUGUUAAUAGAUAUAGAAACAGUAAAUAUCAAUGUUUGAAAUAAACAUGGAGUUUUAUAAUAAUAAAUGGGUUGAUCUACCAAUAUCUAAAUUCAGUGGAA